UAAACCAAACAAAUAAAUGAUUUUUCAUGUUGUUUUUGCUACAUACAGUUUUACGUAAAACACAAUUUUUCGGCCACUAUACUAGAUACUCUCGCAAAUAUGUCUAUUGAACUAAUGGAAAGAAUGCAAAACUGUGCAUUUGAAAUAUUCUGUGAUGAACUAUGUGGUAAAAUGCUAACUUAAUGAGGUAGCAUAAGAUGGCAUACUGACAUAGUGAUACGAAUACAACACGGGUUAGUAGAUACAUAGAAAGGAGGACAUGUUCAUGGAUAAUAAUUGACACUUGGAAAUUUAAUUGAGUAAGAAUUUUGCAUUAAUGUGAUUCUCUUCAACCGAAAAGCCAGUGCUGGUUUAGUGCGCAGAAAUUGGGGAGAACGCUUAUGAUACUACAACUGGGCUCCUGUACUCUCAAAUCUAAAGAGUAGGCCAUGUGUCUGCGGUUUCUUUGUCACAGUUACUUUGAUUUGUGGUGCUUACUUCAUUGGUAAUGCAUUUGUUGCAAAGGAAUACAAAGAAAGAUUCACAAGAUGGGGAGAAACUCCUACUAUGCAGAAUACAAAGUCUAAUGACUCUAAUAUGUGCAAGAGUCGAUGCAGGCCUGUUGGGAGUGAGUCAUUACCAGAAGGAAUUGUUGUCAAGACAUCUAACUUGGAAAUGCGGCCAUUAUGGGGUUCCAUUCCAGAAAAUAACAAUGCAAAGCCUUCACUUAACUUGUUAGCCAUUGCAGUUGGAAUCAAGCAAAAAGAUUUAGUGAACCAAAUUGUGAAAAAGUUUCCUUUAAGUAAUUUCGUUAUAAUGCUUUUUCACUAUGAUGGUGUUGUGGAUGAAUGGAGGAAUUUUUCAUGGAGUAAACGUGCCACACAUGUGUCUGCAGAGAAUCAAACGAAAUGGUGGUUUGCCAAACGAUUCAUGCAUCCAGAUAUAGUUGCUGGAUAUGAUUAUAUAUUUCUUUGGGAUGAGGACCUUGGAGUUGAGAAUUUUGACCCAAUACGAUAUCUAUCUAUUGUUCAAGAGGAGCAACUUGAAAUAUCACAGCCAGCACUUGAUCCUUAUAAGUCAGAGUUGCAUCAUCCAAUUACUGUACGCAAAAAAAGAUCAAGGGUACAUAGAAGGUAUUAUAAGUUCAAAGGCGGUGGACGGUGUGAUGCCCAGAGCACUGGUCCUCCAUGUGGAGGUUGGGUGGAAAUGAUGGCACCUGUGUUUUCAAAGGUGGCUUGGCGAUGUGCAUGGUAUAUGAUCCAGAAUGACUUGAUCCAUGCAUGGGGCCUUGAUAGAAAGCUUGGCUAUUGUGCCCAGGAUCGAAUGAAAAAUGUUGGUGUUGUUGACUCUGAGUACAUAGUUCAUCUGGGUCUUCCCACACUUGGUGGCAAUAAGGUAAGCAAUGAUUCCCUGGCUCUAAUUUUAAAAGAAAACUCAAACUCAGAAGCACUGGUGCCACCUGAUUCCAAUAAAGCUGAUCCUAGAUCUCAAGUCAGGUUGCUAUCCUAUGCUGAAAUGCGGAUCUUCGAGAAAAGGUGGACUAAUGCAUCGAAGGAGGACAAUUGUUGGAUUGAUCCAUAUCAACGAUCAGUGAACUAAAGUACCCAUUGAUUUGAUUUAUAGAGAACCUUCAUCCAAGCAAAGUGCAAGGUUGACAGCCAUUCUAAUACAAAGCCAUAGAAGUUAUACAGAUUACCAUGCAUACAAUUUUGCCACGAUGCAAAAGAAAUAGCUGAUGUCUUAAUACUCUUUUUUUGGUCUUACACAAGGAGCUUGUGAUGCAGUAUAGCCGGCUUUUGUAUCACAUAGAUUUUUCCCUGGCCAGGUUUUUUGUAUUAUUUAUUUAGCAAAAAGUUAUAGAAAAUAAUUUUCCCUUACAACAUGGGAGAUCCCUGACACUUGGAACAUUUUUUGUAAAGGUUGUUGAUAAUUUUUUCUAAUAAAAAGUAAAUAUUUUUCCCCCUCAA